UACACGGUCUGGCCCAUGACGUGUACACCACAACCACGUACAUCUCCUCAGGUAAGAACGACGCAGAGGAACUCCUCCCUCUGAAGUGGAUGGCUCUGGAGUCGCUGGAGACUCGCAAGUUCACAUGCGAGAGCGACACGUGGUCGUUCGGCGUGCUGCUGUGGGAGAUCGCCGCGUUCGGGGAGGAGCCCGACUAUCAGCACGAGAUCCGGCUGAGUUUUCCCAGGUUGGUCGGGAUCCUGAGACAGGGAUAUCGUCUGCAGAAGCCACCCGGAUGUCCGGACAGGCUGUAUGACGUCAUGAAGUCGUGUUGGCAGGAGGAACCACCAGCCAGACCAGAGCCUGUAGAACUUGAGCAGAAGCUGACAGACUGUCGUGAACAAAUAGAUUCACUGUUCAUCCUCGAGAAGGUGCCACACUUUAGAAAUAGAGCCAGUCUUAGGCAGAUAUUAAUGUGUGGGCUCAACUCUAAAUCAUUAUACGACUCCUUAUUUUGAAUUAGAUAUCAAAUGUAAGCUAUUUUAGGCAGUUGCACCCUUAAAAGCCAAAUAUAACAAGUUUGC